CAGACCUCCCCCAUGCAUCCCAGUCAUCUAGACGCAAAAUCAUUUCACACAUACAUACACGUGCCCAGAAGCUCCAGUUCUGCAAGAUUAGAGAAAUGGCUCCGGUUGCAAUCAAGCGCGUUUUAAUAAGCGAAAGUGUGGAUCCGUGCUGCAAGAAGAUUUUGCAAGAAAAUGGAAUUGAAGUCACUGAAAGAACAAAUAUGAACAAAGAUGAGCUGAAAGCACAGAUUAAGGAUUUUGAUGGUCUGGUUGUGCGGUCAGCUACUAAAGUGAGUGCUGACGUCAUUGAAUCCGCCGGGAGCCUGAAGCUGAUUGGACGAGCCGGAACCGGCGUGGACAACGUGGACGUGGACGCGGCCACCAAGAAAGGCAUCAUUGUCAUGAACACUCCAAGUGGCAACACAAUUAGUGCUGCUGAACUGACCUGUGCCCUUGUGAUUAGUUUAUCAAGAAAAGUUCCACAAGCUGCUAUGUCGAUGAAGGCAGGAAACUGGGAUCGUAAAAAGUUCAUGGGUACAGAGUUGUACGGCAAAACCCUUGGUAUACUUGGUCUUGGAAGGAUCGGGAAAGAGGUGGCCACUAGAAUGCAGUCUUUUGGAAUGAAGACCAUCGGUUAUGAUCCCAUUACUCCCCCAGAGGUGUCUAAGAGCUGGGGGGUGGAGCAGAUGUCUCUGGAGGCGCUGUGGCCUCAGUGUGAUUAUAUCACCGUGCAUACGCCUCUCAUGCCCUCCACCACAGGAUUACUGAAUGAUGCCUCAUUUGCGAAAUGUAAGAGAGGUGUGAAGGUGGUAAACUGUGCCCGUGGAGGGAUCAUUGAUGAAGCUGCUUUGCUAAGAGCUCUAGAGUCUGGUCAGUGUGGAGGAGCAGGUCUGGAUGUAUUUGUAGAGGAGCCUCCCAAGGACUGGGCCCUGGUGAACCACCCUAAUGUGAUCAGCUGCCCGCAUCUGGGAGCCAGCACGACGGAGGCCCAGGCUCGCUGUGGCCAAGACAUUGCACUGCAGAUUGUGGACAUGGUCAAAGGGACAGCAUUAGUGGGAGCGGUGAAUGCACAGGUUCUGGCUAGCACAUUUACCCCUGAGUCACAGCAAUGGAUCAGGCUGGGGGAGGCCUUGGGCAAGUUGCUGAAGGUCUGCAACACAACUAAACAGCCCUAUGACAAAGUCAACAUCAUUACUCAAGGUGAAUGUUUGAAGAAAUCACUUGAGCUCCUGAGCUCAGCUGCUGCUGUUGGACUUUUGGCUGAAAGCUCUAAGAACGGCCUUAAUCUGGUGAAUGCUCUCACGCUAGCGGAAGAGACAGGAAUGACAAUUAAAAAAGAUCACCUUGAUGGGAAUGAAUCUAAAGCCACCUGCACGUUGGAGACCUCUGUAAAUGGCAGUGUUUAUAAAGCCUUGGGCACGGUGCAGACCGCAGUACCAGUUCUUCUGGAGAUGAAUGGCAGUGUAUUCAGACAGCCAGUGGCUCUCUCUGGAAACCUCUUGUUUUUCAGGGCAGCAACUUGUCCUCAGCUCCUGCCUUCUGUUACUGGUGUGCUGGCAGCAGCAGGUGUUGAGAUUGAUCACUUCAGUGCCUCCAGUACCUCUGGUGGAGAUCAUUGGUAUUGUGUGGGGGUUUCAUGUCUGCUGAAAGACUUCAGCACUCUCAUGCCCCUGGUGAAAGAGGCAGCACAACUUACUGUAUAAGCUCCUGCUAACUGCAUGUUUGUGGGAAUCAUCUGUAGCAUUCUUACAUAUCUAAGUAUUCGAAAGUAUUUCUCUAGUCCUGGGGCUACCCAACAUAAUUGAUCUAGCUCAUUCCUGAAGGAAUACACCCGCAUUUUUAAUCAAACCUGUUCUUUUGCAUUUGUAACAUGGUGCAAUUAGUAUAGACAAGAACAGUUGUGAGAAAGUAAAUGUAUUGAAAUGAUGUGGUUGUGGUAAUAUGCUUCUGAAUGCUCUAGGAGGAUAUUAUUUGAAAGUAUCUUGGAGGAAUAAUUUUACCUUUGCUCAAAUCGGGGGUGGGUUUGUCAGGAGCAAUUUCCCAUGUCCUGGACAAUAUUAGUGUUUUCCCUACUCUAACACACCCUUCAACUCUGUCAACUAGUUGAAAUAGUGCUGGGAGCAGGAAAUACACUAGAAUGUGCAGGACAUUGUACUCGGACCAUGGUUUAGUCCCUGUGUUAGUGCAAUAUAGAUAUAAUUUCAUAAGCAUAAUUUAGGUUCCAUGCUGUGUGUGUAAGCUACAUUUGAAUUUUCUAAACCAUUAUGUAGAACUGCUACUGACAAUAGCAAGCAGUGAUAUUUUUCUAGAAAAGCAACUAAUAAACAAAUGCAUGGAUGAUACCUAGUGUCCCCAGACUGGUAUUAACCGAUUCGAUAGAUGUGUUGGAGUAGAAAAAUCACUACGCUGCUUGACUCUUUUUCUCUGCAAAACAGGAUUUUCUUAAUCCUAAACUCUAUUUUCCUGUAAGUCCUUAUGGCUCCAUGGUUCAGCUGUUAGCAUUGCUGAGUAAUAUUAUGAGAUCAAGUCACCAGCGGUGAUAUUUUGUAUUUCUCUUUGCCUUCAUCUGGGUUUGUUCUGAGUUCGCUCAUUUUCUCCCACCUCACAAAAUCAUAGCAGUAGGUGAAUUGGCUACUUUAAUUUGACCCAAGCUGUAAGUGUAUUAGCCAAUGCAUGAGUGAGUGAAAGAUUGCCAGGGUGUAUUCCCACUUCCUGCCUGGGAUAGGCUCAGGAUUUACCUGACUAUGAUAAAGCCCUUAAUGAAGAUAAACAAUUGAUUUAACUCUACACUUAAUUGAUAGACCUGAUGUGAUGAGUAUAAAAUCACCAUACUGCACGACUACAUUUCAUCUGACAGUUUUGUAAUACGUUUUACUAGAAUGUAAAAAAGUUUAACACUAAAUAGUCCAAUAACAAGCUCUUUUGUUCUCAUGAAAUGUGGAUUUUGAAUGAUUAAAAACAAUAUGAAAAAUA